AGCCACCAAAUCGCAAAAACUAUGGCCAAAGAACUCCUAGAUCCAAAGAUUAUGUAUAUAAUGAACCCAAGAGAUCUAAUAAGGCUGUUCCUCUCGGUAAACGCCUUUAUCAAAAUCCUGCAUACAGAAUUACAAAUUCUUUACAAAC